AUGAGUUUCGCCAACGUCGUCAACGGCCACUUGAGAUAAAAAUAACGUCGCAACGCUCGUAUAUAAGAAGAAUCCAAGUGUCCGCGAACUGCUAUACCAACAGGAAUACAGAGAAUGAAGGCGGCCGUCGCUCUAGUUGCUCUGUGCCUUGCACAGGCGCUUGCCAGCCCCAUCCAGGCCCCGUUAGAACCCGAGGGCGACCUCAACAUGCCAGGCUUCACCAUGCUGAACAUGGCCCUGGAAAGCGGUCUCAUUGAUUUGCCUCCUGGCCUGGCUCGAAUGCCCUCAAAGCCCACCGACGACUUGGCCCGAUGCCUUGCUGAUUUCUUCGAAGAAAUGGCCUUCAGUUGCUAUUUCUACGGAAGGAAGCAAAUGGCUGAGGAUUUCCUGGCUCUUCGCGACAUGGCCCCUGACAUUGAGCAACUUGCCGUCCAGCACAACGUUGUCCCUGAAACCUGGGAUUUCCUUCUCGCCAUGAGGUCGGAGGGUUUGUCUGUGGUGAAUCUGCGCACGUACGUUGCUGAUACGAUUGAGUUCAUGAAUGGAGACGGUGGCGAUCUUAUCACCGAAAUUAGGACUCAAGUGAACGAUUUGAAGUCCCACAAGCAAGAGCUCAUUGCUGUGAAGGUUGCGGUUAAGAAACUCGCUGAGGAAUUGGAAAAGCAAUUUUCUCUCCAGAUUUCCGACAUUGCCGAAAUCCUCCGUCUGAUUUCUUACCAACUGGGCGACCUGGGCAAUAAUCGCGAGGACGUGUCUGACGACAUGAUGGCCAUUUUCAAGGCUUUCAACAAGCAGAAGAGAGACCUUUACAAUGCUGCCAUUUACAUGAAAAACGAGUGGAAACUCAUCGAAAAGGACCUAAAAAGGCUUGUGGGUUCUGACGCCGUCGCUCCCAUCUCAGCCAACGUCAAGCUUUUGGGUGAACAGAUCAAUGGUCAAAUGACCAUGGUCACCAGCACCCUCCUGAAGACCAUCAACGACUCCAGGGCUUCUUACGAGGCCAUGCGCGUUCUGUUCCCGGGAAUCGCCGGAAAAGAUGCCGCCGAGUUUUAAACUUUUAUAUAAAUAUUAUGCUUAUCAUUAUUUACAAUCAAUAAGUUACACUAUGAGUCUGACUAAUAUUAACUUCAUGCACGUUUAGGUUAAUUAAUAUAAUGCAAGGCUUCUUAUAUAAUAAUCUUAUAUUUACUUCAUUUAUUAAGAGCACAAAUAAAUAUAUUAUGAUUUUGAUCAAA